CCGCUGUCACUUCCGGUCACAUGAUUGGUGUGUCGCGUAGGAGACGCCCAGUGUGUGACAGCCCGGGGCGGAGCCUCAUCUCUCCUCAUCCUCAUCCUGUGAGCCGCGGCCCCGGAGCUUCAGCAACAUGGACUUUAACGUGAAGAAGCUGGCGGCGGAUGCCGGGACCUUCCUGACCCGUGCGGUACAGUUUACAGAAGAGAAGUUUGGCCAGGCAGAGAAGACGGAGUUGGACGCUCACCUUGAGAAUCUUCUUGCCAAAGCAGAAUCCACCAAACAAUGGACCGAGAAGAUAAUGAAGCAAACAGAAGUGUUAUUACAGCCAAAUCCAAACGCCAGGAUAGAAGAAUUUGUCUAUGAGAAACUUGACAGAAAAGCCCCGAGUCGCCUGAAUAACCAGGAGCAGCUGUCGCAGUACAUGAUGGAUGCGGGAAAUGAGUUUGGUCCAGGAACAGCAUACGGAAAUGCUCUGGUCAAAUGCGGGGAAACCCAGAAGCGAAUAGGAUUGGCUCACCGAGAACUUGUACAGACUGGAGCCAUUAAUUUUCUCACUCCCUUGAGGAAUUUUAUAGAAGGAGAUUAUAAAACAAUAUCUAGAGAACGGAAACUGUUGCAGAAUAAGAGGUUGGAUUUGGACGCUGCAAAGACCAGAUUGAAAAAAGCCAAAGUUGCAGAAGCCAGAGCCUCACAAUUAAACACAUCUGAGCCCGAGCGGGAUGGCGGCUUUAUGGUAAAUUGGUCUUACAUGCUCAACGUGUUGCAUGUAAAGUGGCUGCAGGUAUGGACGGAUGAAGUGACGCGGGCUGAACAGGAACUCAGAAUAACGCAAAGUGAAUUUGACCGACAAGCUGAGAUUACACGUCUGCUGCUAGAAGGCAUAAGCAGUACACAUGCACAUCACUUGCGUUGUCUUAAUGACUUUGUGGAGGCCCAGAUGACCUAUUUUGCUCAGUGUUAUCAGUAUAUGCUGGAUCUGCAGAAGCAGCUCGGCAGAUCAUAACCGUAUACAGCAUUCCUGGAAUGGAUUCUGAUUGGUUGAUGGGGAGAGAGAGGCAGCCAGAAAGGCAAAGUGCCAAUCACCUACCUGGAGCUCCUGAACUAAGUGACUUUUUUUCUGUUUUCUCCUUAAGUGCCGAAUUUCAGUAAAUAAAAAAAAUAUAUAUAUAUUUAUAUGCAAUUAACUUGCUAUCUAGUAGAUGUAAGGGUCUUCCAUGUAUAAACCAGUGUCUUAUGUGAAUGUCAGCCGUGUCACUCUGGCCUUCACUGUACUGCCAACUCUUUGCAUGAGAACACUCCCUGACAAUGUUACGUGUUUCCAGAGCUGCGUACUGCCCGGUAUGAAGAAACUGCGUUACUGCCCCAGUAUGGAGAAACUGCGUACUGCCCCAGUAUGGAGGAAACUUCUGCCGUGAAUUGAAAAUGUUUAUAUAGCGGGGUGACACUUAUUUUUUAUCAUUUUUCGCUUCUGUAAAAUAAAUGUAAUGGUGUGCCAAAUACUUUUUCUUAAGUUUCCUUAGAUAAAAUGUGACAUUCCCUUGACGGCUACAAGGUGGAGUUUUCUGUUUAAAGAGAAUUUUGCUCACACACAAUUGGUUAUUUUUUUUAAGCAUCAUUCAGGGAAUGUCUGUCUUGUAUUUUUAAAACGUCAGAUAAUAAAUGGUUAAAGGGGUACUCCUCUGGAAAAAAUAUAUAUAUAUUUUUUUUUUCAAUCAACUGGUACCAGAAAAUUAAACAGAUUUGUAAAUGACUUCUA